UGCAAUGUGCAGCAUGGUCAAAGUCUCGACAAUGUUGAUACUCGUCGACCAGCACACGAUGAACUGGAAAAACCACGACCUGAUAUAAUGACUUGUCCUUGGCCAUGAGAAGUCUAUACACAAUUGGAGGGCCCCUUCGAUGGGAACUUCGCACUCAGCCGUCUAAGGUAUUCAAGCGAUACAAAUUUCACGGCCAACCAAGCCACAUUUUAUCCUCAAAAUCAACACUCCUGCCAAGCAAGCCGGCCAGGACGAGAUUUGCCCCUUCCCCAACUGGCUAUCUCCAUUUAGGAUCGCUGAGAACGGCCUUGUACAACUAUUUGCUUGCUAAAGCGACUGGUGGCCAAUUUCUGGUGAGAAUUGAAGAUACAGAUCAGACGAGAAUUGUCAGCGAUGCCGAGAGCAAGCUCUAUGAAGAUCUGAAAUGGGCUGGUUUAGACUGGGACGAAGGACCCAGCAUUGGAGGUGACUUUGGGCCUUACAAACAAUCCCAAAGAUUGCCUACGUACAAUCAACAUGCUUCUCAACUGCUCGAUAGUGGUCGCGCCUACCGCUGCUUCUGCUCACCAGCAGAGUUAGAUGCCAUCAAAGCACAAAACAUCAAGGAGGGAACAUCAAUUGGCUAUAACAAGACAUGCUCGCAUAUUCCGGAAGACGUCUCCACUCGUCGCGCAGCUGCAGGAGAACCUCACUGUGUUCGCCUCCGCUGCGAGCAUGAAAAACCUGCCCCGCCAUUCCAUGACAUGGUAUAUGGCAGAUAUAAAACUCCAUUCGUGCCGGAAGACUUUAUCUUGAUUAAGCGGGACGGAUAUCCUACCUACCACUUUGCCAACGUAAUUGAUGACCAUCUCAUGCAGAUUACGCACGUCAUCCGCGGAGCGGAAUGGUUAGUUUCGACACCCCGACACGUCAUGCUAUACGAUGCCUUUGGAUGGGAACCUCCCGAGUUUGCCCACGUUGGUCUCCUCGUCGAUAGCAACCGACAGAAGCUCAGCAAGCGCCUCCAUGAUAUAGGCAUAUCCUCUUACCGGGAAAAGGGGUACCUCCCUGUUGCUCUGCUAAACUAUGUGGCCUUGCUCGGAUGGAGCCCACUACGGACAGGUCAAAAGAAAAUUACCGAAACCAUGGACCUUGAGACUAUAAUCAGCAAGUUUCACCUUAGGUUUACCAGGGGAGACAUCAGGAUCAACGAUAAGCUGGCCUUCAUCCAAAACUACUACCUGAAGAGAAUUCUGGCGCAACCUGAAUAUCCCGAGACCAUCCAACAAGUAAGCAACGUGAUCUUGCCGAAUCUGGAGAAGGCGAUCGGGGAGGUCGAGAAAGGCCGUAGUGACAACCCCUUACUCGGCCCCAUCAUAGUACCAGCGCGACCGGCCGAGGAAGACUCGAAUCUCGUCGGUAAAGACUACCUCAGGAAAAUGUUCGAAGUGGACAUGAAGUCGUUCGUGGACGCCGAAAGUCACGUUUGGAGAAAUGCAAACCUCAUCUGGGAGAUACCCGAAGAGAGCUACGUCCAGGCGCUCGAUAUCGAGAUGGAACAGAACACGGUGGACAAUUUCUGGGUCAAGCACCCCGACGCUGCAGCACCAGAGGGCGGCAACAGACCCAUAAGCGCACUGCAAGACCCGGAUAUCUGGGACAUGUUCGACAGCCUAGGCCGCAAGCCGUCCAAAGUGGUGGACCUGUUCCAUGCCACCGUCCAGGAAAUCACUGACGAGGCGUGGACCAAGGAGUCGCUGGAGAAGAAGAUGAAGCCGCUCAUCAUGUCCAUCUACUCGGACCGCGAGGAGCACGGCAAAGAUCGAGAACGGGGCAGGCGUCAGGUCUGGGGAUGGCAUGCGCUGCGGUGGAUCAUGGUUGCUGGGAACGUGGGGCCGGCGCUCAUACCUAGCAUGGAGCUCCUGGGCAAGGCGGAGACCAUGAGGAGAAUGAGUGUUGCGAAACGUGCUGCUCUGCGAUGGGAACAGGAUGAGAUGAAAAAAUUCAAGGACAACUCGUCCUAACUCAGAUGAAGGGAUCGAGGAUAGGCUAGGUAGGAGAUAUCCUGUUGUAAAAACACCAAUAUGUACAUCAUGUAACAAUAGAUA